AUGCGCUCCCUGAUCAAGUCCCAUAAGGAGAGCACGAGCGCGACACGAGCGCGACCACGCGAGGCCAUGGAGCCAUCCUCAGCAGUCUCGGCUGGACGGAAGCUGACCAACCCCAUCAAAAGCUUUCUCAGGCACAAGAUUUCCAGUACGGGGUUGGGGUCCACAGGCUCUGCAAAAACGAAACCCACGCCGGCAGUUUCGCGCAUUGCAAGUGCACCGGACUUGGAAGACGACAGAGACCUGAAAACCCCGACUAUCUUCGGCAAAAAGACACACGACUGGAGUGCCGACGCCAGUCCUAGGUCGUUGGUCUAUGCCUUUGACAAAUCAGAGUUCAGCGCGCAGGUGACGCCAGAGACGUCGAAAGAGGAUGAGGAGCCUCCAAAGCUGAACGCGGAAUCGACAGACGAUUUUUCUAUCGUGGUACUGAAACGACGGGAGGAGCCACAAUCCGACCCUUGCUCGAGUUCGAGCUCGUCCCAUUUCUCAUUUGAAGGUACCGGCCGAAACGCAUCGCUAAAAUACUACAAGUCUUACGACCAGGUGAAGUACGAGGAGAUGAAGGCACAACUCAAACAGAACCAGGAUCACUUCAAGGAGUUUAUCAAUGACACAGAGUCGCUCAACGAUUUGCAGGAGGACAUGAAUUUCUACGACGACAAAGAUCUGGACGAUUCAGAGGACUUGUUCAACCGGAAGCUGUUCUCAAGCGAUGAGGAGGCAGACAACUAUGAGAAUUUUGACAGUCCUAAAAAGGACGCACCAGAUCAAUUAUUGACAUUAAACGGACAAUACUCUUUUCAUUCAGACCAGGAAGUGACCAUCGACGAUUUGAGUCCUCCGCUGGUCGCCACAGACCCGUCAUCAUCCGACAUCCAAGACCUGGUGACCAGGUUCCGCUCCAGUAGCAUCAAAUACCACCAGCUCGAGUCCAACGACGGCGACGAACUGGAAUUCCUGGCCCAGCGAUAUUCAUGGUAUCCUGACGACGAGUUACCGAAAACAGAGCCGCUGGACUCGUUGCUGGACGAAAUCAACGAGAUACCCGAAGAUUUCGAUUUCGAAAGCGAGCUUUCAUUACCUCAACGCACGUCUUCGUCUGUUAUGCGAAAACAGCGACGUAAGCAACUGCUAAAGUCAAACUCUAAAUUCAAUUAUGCUGGCGCACCUAAUUCUUCAAACGACCGCAUCAAAACGGGCAACAGGACAAUCACACUUUUCAAACCUGUCUCGCGUUCAAAUAGCUUGGAAUUCAACGAUCAUAAUAAACCGCUACCUGAGCAUCCAGUGGAUGCAAGUGCGAGUGAGGAGUACACUGAUGAGCUGGAUGACAGCACUGAGCUGGCAGGCUUAUCAACACCAAUCCAGUUGCAUUGUUUUGGGCCCCAAAGUGACUCUCCAUUGACCACAAUCAGCGAAGCGUCUUACGAUAGUGCAGCCGCACGCUCGCCAUUACACUGA